GCAGCUUCGACGCUCUUGCUUUAAUAAGCGCCUAUACCGAGAAAGCCUAUCGCCAAAAUGUCCGCUCAGAACUCCGCAGGCAUUCAGACCCUCCUCGAUGCCGAGAGAGAGGCUCAGAAGAUUGUCCAGCAAGCCAGAGAAUACCGCACGAAGCGCAUAAGGGAGGCGAAGUCCGAGGCGCAGAAGGAGAUUGAGGAGUACAGAAAGCAAAAGGAAGAGGAGUUCAAGAAGUUCGAGGCUGAGCACUCGAGUGGAUACAAGAAGGCUGAGGAGGAUGCGAACAAGGAGGCUGAGGUGAAGCUUCAGGAGAUCAAGGACGCUGGCAACGAGAAGGGUGCCAAGGUCACUGAGGGUCUCAUUCAUGCCCUGGUGGAUGUGAAGCCUGAGGCGUCGGAGAAGAUCGUGAUCAAGGCAUAGAAGAUAUGACAGUCGUCAUUGCGGAAGCAUGAGGGGUUUUUGUUUGUGUCAUUUGCUUUCAGCCUGUGAAUAAAUAUAGUUCGGAUCCCGCUGUUUGAGCAUUACAUAAAUUUCCAUGUCAAGUCCUGUCCAAGGCUGGCACUGAGCCACACUGGAGGUUGCCUGGAAUUCUCAGUGUCCAUAUAAGAACGAUAAGGCCGAUGAUGGUCAGUAUGUAAAGAGCUUACUUC